CUGAGUCUCCGGUCUCUGCACUCAUCAACACAGCACAGUACUCACUCACUACCCACAGACUGAACAGAUAAGAGGAGAGAGAAAAGAUGAGAGGGAGUUUUCCGGCGCCGGCGGUUAUAUCCGGUGCGGUGAGCUUCACAAUUACUCAAAUUUCUUUGGUGGGCAGAAGAAAGAAAGAUUCGUUUGAAUUCCCGGUCUGCUCCUCCUCCCAAACAGCUCGCUUUUCCUUCUCAAUUCACGACGAGCAUAACCAGCAGAGGCAAAGACAGAGUCGAAGACAAUGCCUUUGGUUACCAGGGAGAAGCAAAUGGAAAGGAGGACGUCGUGCGGGCAUUGGCUCGCAAUGCAAGUGCAACUACGAAAGCGGAGGAGAGGAUAACGAAUGGGUGGUGGUGAAUUUCUACCAUUUCGUGAUGAUCAAAGACGCAGAGGCGGAGGUAGCCAAGCAUCUCUUUUUCGUUGAGGACCUCGACAUACGCGGACGGAUAUAUCUGAAUGAACAAGGGAUAAAUGCACAGUACAGUGGGCCGUUGAGAGAUGCACUUGCAUAUGUUGAAUGGUUAAGGGGGGACGAGAGAUUUUCUGGCAUCCUAGUGCAGAUUUCUGCAGCAACAAAUGGGCACGCCUUUCCAAAACUCAAGUUGCGGUAUAAGCCCUCACUGGUUCAGUUAGAAGGAGGUAUUUCACAUCUUCCUUUGCUGGACCCUUCAAUGCGAGCAACGCCUCUAUCGCCAUCUGAAUGGAGAAAGAGAUUGGAAUCAUUGAAAACAACUAGUGAUGCAUCAAAUGACAAUCUUAAAAGAAACCAGAUUUUAUUGGAUGUGAGAAAUGGUUAUGAGUGGGAUAUUGGUCAUUUUGAAGGGGCUCGGCGACCUGAUGUGGACUGCUUUAGGAGCACUUCGUUUGGGUUAUCGCAACCAGAGGUCAUUGCCGCAGAUCCUUUAGAAAAUGUUGACAAAGAAAAGACAGAUAUAAUGAUGUAUUGCACUGGAGGUAUCCGUUGUGAUGUAUAUUCCACAAUCCUAAGACAACAGGGCUUUCAAAAUUUAUACACAUUAAGGGGAGGUGUUUCUCAUUAUCUGGAGAAUGAAGGUCCUGUUCGGUGGAUUGGUAAUUUGUUCGUAUUUGACUCUCGUCUCUCUCUCCCACCGCCUGCCUACAAGCCUGAAGCCGCGACUAAAGCAAGCACGCAUGAAGAUUCAGAUAAUAAUACGUUCGCUAGAUGCUAUAUAUGCGGUUCACAAGUCUGUGAGUUAAGGCAUAGAAACUGUGCAAAUCUCGACUGCAAUCUGCUGUAUCUAUGCUGUAUGAACUGUGUGAAGGAUUUAAGAGGAUGUUGCUGUUCCAACUGCACAACUGCUGCUCGACUUAGAACUGUUCUUCCAGGGUUCCAGAGAUACAAGAAGUGGCACACGUAUCGAGAUUCGAUACCACACAGCCGGUUGACGGCUUGAUCAGACUCGUAAAUCCUCGGGACGGUUCAUCACUUAAUCUAAACCAAAGCAUCUGUCGGGCAUCAUGCUCGUCUUCCUGUUGGAUUGUUGCAACGCAUGGUGGAGCGGGACGAAUUUCCCUUUUCUUUUCUAACAAUGGAGAAAGGCGAGUUUGGUGUCCGUGGUCAUCAAAAGUUAGCUUGCAGCCUUCAGUCUCCGGAAUCUACAUCGGCCUAUCUCUUCUGCUACGGGAAACAAGCGGCAGCAACAAAUGUAGCAGAAACGAGGAACUGAAUCAUCUAGCCACAACAAUAAUUUUGAAGCUAGUUGGUCGCAUAUUUAUAAUUUUUUUGUUCCCUAAAUAUUGUAAUGUCAACACUGGAGUGCAACAUUAUCUCAUACACGAGACAUAUUUACAUGUCCAGAUGCCCAAGA